AUGGGAAAAGUUUUUUAUUUACGAUGCUAUGGGAAAAGAUUCGCAAAGCAAUCGUUCGAGUUCAAUCUGCUGUUCAUCGGUUUGGCGAAUCUCUUUGUUCAACUUGCGCUGAUGUUCUGGAUUGAUUGGGGAACUGUUCUAUUCGAUUCAACGGCACAGCUGCUUGCGCUAAAUCUCGCCUCUGACUGCUCAACGCUGAGCGAAGCUUAUAUUGGAUUGAUUGUGAAUGCAAAAUUGAGACGAGCAUUCUUUGAAUGGAUCUUCCCCAGCCCCUCGUCGAUUAAAAUAAGCUCAUCGAAUCAAAAGAGUAUUACGGUAACCAAUGUCACCAAUGUCAACUUC